UUCAGUUUUUAUUCUCAAACAAAACAAACACGCCAACACGGGUUUCUGUUACAAGAGUUUUUUAAAAAAAGAAAAAAAAAAUGAAAAUAAAUUUAUUGUUCCCUUGUUUUCUUUCUCCAUAUGCUUGUCUUUCGUUUCUUUUAGUUUUUAGCGUGUCUUUGUUUCUGGACUUCGUUUUGUUGGUUUAAGGUUAAAGCGUCAGCGUGUUGUCUUUCCUUAAAUGUCGAACAAAGCAGGGUUGGCUUGAGUUUUCUUCAAGACUUAGUUUAUCAAAGAAAGGAAGAGUUAGAUAGAUUAAGAGAGAGAAAGAGUUGUCAUUGUUUGUUUUUGUUUAUGUAACUAUGUGUUGAGUUGGAAACAUUAUUAUUGGCUUUGUUAAAACAGAGAAAUUGUUGUCGAGGAGAUAAAAAUAAGACCGUUAGACUGAGAGUUUUGCGGGAGAAAAAAAAAAACAAGACUUUGACUCUUAGCUGUUGAGAUAAUUUGCCUUUCAAUUCUCUUUCUUCUUAGUUAUUAACCUCAAUAAUUUCUCAACUUCUCUUUCUCUGCUCCUUUGUUUUUUCCUCAUCUUAAUUAGUUCUCAUUGUAAGAGAAGCUGAAACUCCUUCAAUCUUUUUCUUUUCCUCUGACACCAUGAUUUUCGAUGAAGGGUCAAUGCAAUCUAAGUCCAACCUUGACUGCUUCCUCCGGCGUACGACACCUGUUGUGCCGUCUCAGUUUCUUCCCAAGCACGAGAUUCGAAACCUUAACCGAUUGUGGCACCCGUGGGAGAGAGAAGCUGUUGAGUACUUCACUUUGGGUGAUCUAUGGAAUCGUUUCCACGAAUGGAGUGCUUAUGGAGCUGGAGUUCCCAUCACGUUGUCCAAUGGGGAGACACUUGUUCAGUACUAUGUUCCUUACCUCUCCGCAAUUCAGAUAUUCACCAGCAACACUUUCAGGGAAGAGACCGAGUCAGGUGAGUGUGAGACAAGGGAUUCGUACAGCGAUUCCUACAGUGAAGAGAGUGAGAGUGACAAACUAUGGAGGUGGGAUGGAACUUCGUCAGAAGAAGGAGGAUCUGAGCACGAUUGUUUGUGGCACAUGAAUGACCGAUUGGGUCACCUUUACUUCCAAUAUUUUGAAAGAUCAACUCCAUAUGGGAGAGUUCCUCUAAUGGAUAAGAUUACUGGCUUAGCAGAAAGAUACCCGGGGUUGAUGUCACUAAGAAGUGUAGAUCUUUCCCCAGCAAGUUGGAUGGCAGUUGCUUGGUACCCCAUAUAUCAUAUUCCCAUGGGAAGAACAAUUAAAGAUCUCUCAACAUGCUUCCUCACUUUCCACACACUUUCAUCUUCAUUCCAAGAUAUGGACCUUGAUGAUGAUACCGAGGGAGCCCACGAGAAGAGAAAGGAAGGUGAAGGAAUUUCGCUGCCAGCAUUUGGUUUGGCCACGUAUAAGAUGCAAGGGAGUGUGUGGGUCUCAGGGAAUUGUGGUAGGGACCAAGAAAGACUAGUCUCACUAUUGAGCGUGGCAGAUUCAUGGUUGAAGCAACUAAGGGUCCAACAUCAUGACUUCAAUUACUUCAUGGGCGCUCGGCAUGGCUAGAACAAAUUAGUGCACACUACUUUGCAAAAUUGACCCCUAAAAAAUCCUUUUUUUUUGGAUAUAUAUUUUGUUGUUGUGCCCUUGCUUGGACCAUUAAUUGCACCCCUUUUUGUUGGCUUUUGAGUGUGAUGAGGAAUGAGGAUUUGUAGUACUUUGUAGUUGUUUAAUUGACCCUUUGAGAGCAUUUUAAUUAGGACACAAGCCCUUGUAAGGGUAUGUAACCGAUCAAAUGAGUUGACUCCUUUGUAUAUAGAGUGGUAGGUGAGGAGGCCAGAGUUAUUAUAAUUUACUAAGAUGAUGUGAGAGUGAGACUACAUAGAACUUUGAAACUUGGAUUGUGUAUGAUCACUUGCUAGUAUUGACCAAUGAUGAUGAUGACCAUUAUAGUUGAGACGUGGAAUGUUUCUGUAAAUGCCACCGAUCCACUGGCUCUUGUUUGCUAA